AUGUCCACUCAACAUUUAUACGGUACACCUGCACCCCAAUCGACGAAUGGAUCCAGUGAACUCUCCAAUAGUUCAGGCGAGAGUGCUCCUGGUAAACUACAUGUUACGUCUCACAACCAAUAUAAGACACCUCGUUUACUACGUGAAAAUCUAAAUCCUAAUCCUUUGAUCCAAUUUAACGAAUGGUUAUCACUCGCACUUAACCCUACGGAUAAUUCACCUGUCGUUAAGGAACCUGAGGCAAUGACAUUAUCAACUACCACCUCGAAAGGUAUACCAUCAGGUAGAGUAGUCUUGUUGAAAACAGUGGAUGAAAAAGGUUUCGUCUUUUUCACCAAUUACAAUUCGAGAAAAUCGGGUGAAUUAAACCAAAAUCCAUAUGCUAGUUUAGUUUUUUAUUGGAGAGAGAUAUCAAGAUCUGUCAGGGUAAUAGGCAAAGUCGAAAAGGUGACAAGGGAAGAAUCUAUUGAGUAUUUUAAUUCAAGGCCCAGGGGAAGUCAAUUAGGCGCUUGGGCUUCAGCUCAAUCGACUGUCGUGGAAGAAGGUGAUGUGGCUAAGAAAGUUGAAGAGAAAGAAUCGGAAUUCAAGGAUAAAAACGUGGAAUGUCCAGAACAUUGGGGUGGAUGGAGAGUCACCCCAUUCGAAGUGGAAUUCUGGUCAGGUCAACCGUCUCGACUACAUGACAGAUUCAGAUAUACUAGAGCCGAAGGCGAGCAAGGAGAAUGGGAUAUAAAUAGAUUAGCGCCAUAG